AUGUACAGAAAUACCUACGUCUUUCUCCUCCUCCUUGCCUCCUCGUUCCACCACAAUGGUGGCCUUGCCCUACCCACCGAGGUAGCUUUGGAUGAGAAGGCUUUGAUAACCCCGGCUCCCACGCCCACACUUGCGGUUUAUGGAUCCUAUGCGGGAGCCAGGAGGGGAGUGAUUGGCGACCUGACUUCAGAGCUAGACUCAUAUGUCAACUCGAUAUUCAGCGAGUUGGGGACGGCGAUCCCAUCUUACGUCUCCAAUGGCUUGCUCCCUGGCUUGCAAGGCUUGCCCACCGGUUCUGCGGUCAUGAGCUCGGUAGGAGUGAGCAGUUCCGACCUUGCAGCUUCUCCAACGCAGGUCUUGAACAUACCGGGAUAUGGCAAUUGGACUGACGAUGGCUGGAACCUACGCAUUCACGGCAAUGUGUUCAAGCAGCCAAACAUUUCCAAUGACACCGUGGAUCGCUUGGCCAACUUCUUUCUGAUAGACACUAGUGUUGCAGACCUUCCUUCUUCGCAGCAAGACCAAGCUCGCAAUCUCACCAGAGAGAUCUACGUCGUCCAACAGGCUCGCCAAAACGUCACUAUGGUUAUCCUACCUGGACCUGAGUUCGGCUCCAGUGGACAGCCAGGAGGUGGUGGUGGAGUGACCCCGGCAGGAGGCGAGCAGGUCGUGACGCUGCCUGAUCCGACAACUCCAGAAGGCGACUUUGACGUUUUCAUACCCAUCGACAAUAACUCUUUUGCGUUGACACCCGGUGUAGGCGAGAUCCCGCCUCAGAGACUCAAUGUCUAUGCGCAGGGGACCGACACCGGCAAUGCAACCUCGUACCUGGUCUCGGGCGAGGGCCUGACCAUUAUCAGUGACAUUGAUGACAUCCUCCGGGUUACCAAAAUCUAUCAGCCGAAAGAAGGCCUGCUCAACUCCUUCGCGCGCCCCUUUACCCCCUGGAUGAACAUGCCCGAUAUCUACCGCAACUGGUCCACAAGCCUGCCCAAUAUGCAUUUCCACUAUUUGACCACGACCCCAGAGCAAAUCACGCGCAACUAUAUGCAGUUCAUAUACGACACGUAUCCUGGUGGCAGCUUCGAUACCCGUCCCCUCAACUUCAGUGAUGUCUCUGCCACCCUGUCCAUCCGCAAGUGGCUCCUGGAUAGGGUCUUUCAAACUUUUCCCCACCGCAAGUUCAUCUUGAUCGCCGACACAAGCAACUCCGACGUCAUGCGCGACUACCCUGAAAUGGCCACGCAGUACCCCGGCCAGGUACAAUGUAUCUUCCUGCGCAACACCUCCGCCACGGACUCGGGCGACAAGUUUCCCUACAAUACGGAAGGAUUUAAGAACCUCAACCAGCAGAGCUAUAUGUUCUUCAAGGUCCCGGAUGAUUUGACAGGCCUCGACAUCGUCAAUGGUCAGUGCUACAAUGCAUCAAUCCCACAGAACUUGACCUUCGGGUAUCAGGGCCUGCCCUUUGGAAUCAACACUGGCGAUGGCGAGAGUGGCAAUAGCACGUCCAACGGAGUGGGCAAGCUCUUGGGGACAGAUCAUCCUCUAUCCAGGGUCGGGAGUCUGGCGGUCCUUGUCCUGGGGGUCCUGCUCUUUAAUUCCCUGUGA